CCGGGGGAGCCGCCCCAGCCCCAGCCCCGGGCCCAGAGCCCGAGCCCAGGGCCCUGCUGAACCUCACCGUGGAGCUCCAGGGCUCUGGCCACACCAGCGCCGCCCUGAGGCAGGUAACAUUUGAGGUCUCCGCUGCUCACCCGCUCGGGUCCACUGUGACCUUGCCUGUGGAAAGGGAGCACCUGGCUGACCAGUCCGAGGUGGAUGCGCUAGAGCCGAGCAGCUCUGCUUACAGAACCCAGGAGCUGGAAAUCCUGUCCAAUGAAAGCACCGUUUCCUUAGGCUCCAGCUCCUUUGCAACCUCCACUCCGCUGAUGGGCCCAGCAAAGUUUCACUUUGUGACAGGUAGUCCCCUGGGAGAUGACUUGGAACAGAGGGACCCAAACUCCUCUAGACGUUCAAUGCCGAGAGAGCUAACCUGCCCGAGUCAGGCUGGCUCCAAAUCUGCAGCACCCAAGGUAACCCAGAGCGCCAUGUCCAAGUGCGGGAACCCACCCGAAGAAGAGUCCCGUGGCAAGGUCAGUCUCAAACCACCUCGGAAGAGUACGGCCUUGCCUGUCUCUUCCAGAAGCUGUACCAGUACUGAAGGCCAAGCUGCUAUCAAAUCACUGCCCCUGGCCUUUACCACCCCAAGAGCAAGUAGGAGUCUGGCCCUCGCUUCCUUUGACUCUCGGAGAGCUUCUCGGGAGCUGCUGAGAGCAGGCCUGCCUCCGAGGAGCAGAGGCAUCGCCUCCGAGGGGAAAGCAACAAGACUGUCUCUGGGUAACUCCGGGCCCAGCAUGCAGAAAGCAGCUGCCACUGGAAAAACAAGCCAGGGAUCCAACGUGGAGACCCAGCCUGCUGCCCAACUCCCUGCCAGCGGCACUGUGAAGCAGAGUGCUACAAAGCUACCUUGCAGUGAGAAGUGCCCCUCAUCCCUCCAGCCUCCUACCAAAGUCCCAGGACUCAGCAGCAGCAGCAGACCCUUGCUCAUGGGAUCCCGAGUUUCUCUGGGUCCAGGGAUCCUCUGCAUGAGCAAAGGGGCUGGAGCUCCGGGAACCAAACUCCCAACUUACCCAGGUACCAGGCUAAGACUAAUGAAGCCCAGACCCAGCAGCAUGCAGCACAUCAAUGGGACCCUGCAGCCAGCAUGCACUCUUCCCACUGGGCAUCCAGGAGCCAGAUCCAGCCCCCAGGACAAAGAGACAGAAAGUGUCGCCAAACCUGGCUGCAACAAGCUGCCUGUUCGAAGGGCUGCCACCGCUGCGAUUCCUGCCAGGGCUCCCCACUCCCGACUGAGACCAACAGGGAGGACAACAGCCUCCCCCAAAAGGCUCCCUUCCCCCAAGCGAGCUCGCCUAGGUAAAGACACUAACUCAGCAGCAGCUGCCCAAGCCCUGGAGCCCAGUGGCGGAGAAGGGCUCUCUGUAGACACUGAGGACAAGCCAGUGCUGGCUGUGGGGCAAGACUGCACCAGUGCAGGUGGAAUGGCCCAGCCUCAGACGGGUAGGAAUUCCCCAGCUCCUCUCAGUUUCCUCCCUGACUCUGCCCUGGAGAGUGGAGGUGCAGCGCCCUCCAUGCAGCUUCCAGAUCAGCUGCUCUCGCAGGAGCUGCAGAGAGUGAGGAGUGAGCUGCAGAGAGUGAAGAAUGAGCUUGCUGCAAGAGAUGCCCAAUGUGAAGCCUAUCGAAGGACGAUCUCCUCCCUGGAGGCUCAGCUGAGGGCAGGCUCCCUCUCACAGGACUGUGCCUUGGAAGGCGAGUGACAGCGAAGCAUGGAGGGCCUGCGUCUGCCUCUCUAGCAGGCUCCUCGCAGGGGUGCGCUGCUCUGGAGAGCCUGAAGGAAAACCCUGCAGCCCAGCGCCUGGAGCGAGCGGUGACUGUUCACACGGACACCUGCGGGGGGGAAUUCUUAAUUUUG